CGUCCCACUCCUCUCAACGCAGAGCUGUCAAAUCAAACCAGUUUUGUUUGUACACACGUCGCCUCAUCCGCCUCGCCGCAAUCAAACUUUCGCUCAACAAGUGGCGUCGAUUUUUGCUCCGAAAACAUUCCAUUAGUUGUAGAAGUGAAAUAUUAUUUAACUGAAAGCAUAGUUUAUUCUUUUAUUAAGUUUAAAUGAAACAUUUGUGAGCGUAGAACAUUAGCUAUAUCAUGGAAAACCGCUUGUGCCGUUUGUGUUUGACUUUGAACAGCGGCCGGAUUCCGCUCUUCGACGAGAUGACUAUGAAGCCGAAUGUCCUCCUGAUUCAGAAAGUGGUCGAGUGCACUUCCAUAAGGAUAACAGCUGAGGACGAUUAUCCGUCGUCGAUUUGCGGGGAAUGCGAGCGAAAGCUGAACGAAUUGUCCGCGUUCAAAAUCCAAUGCAUCGUGAAUAACGAUUUCUACCGGGAGAAACAAGCGGAACUGCGCAAAGAACAGGUGUCCUGCAGCCAACAGCCCACGGAAGUGGUUUGUCUGGACGAUGACGACGAAGAGGAGGUGUAUUAUGCGGAAGAGUCCCAAAAGGAAUCGGAGGAACCAAGUCAGGAACCGGUUCAGAAGAGGGCCCGAAUCGAGCAGGUCAUCAUCGAGGAUGACGAUGACGAGGAGCAGGAGGAACAGAACGAACGGCUAAACUACGAAAGCGAGCAAACGGAAUACGAAGAGUUCAACCUGGACGACUUCGAACUAGUGGAAGGCCAAGAAGUGGACCAGUACUACCAGCCGGAGGAACCGCUCAUCGACAACAGCGCCAUCCUGACGUCGAUUCUGCUGGACGACGAAGAGGACGACGGAGGUAACAAUGCGCUACUCAUGGACCAAGGCCACUACGAAAAAGUCUACCCGUACGAGUGCGAAUUCUGCCGGAGACGUUACUCGUCCCUUACGAAGCUGGAAUCGCACGUGAAGUCCCACUCGCAGAACCGGAUGAAGUGCUUCAUUUGUGGCAAGCUGGUCGUGGUCCACCUGCUGCGGCAUCUCCGUUCGCAACAUCCCGGGAUGACGUUUCCAGAGCCGGUGCGCUGUUGGCACUCCAAGUGCUCCGAUUUGGACCAAGUGUUCCUGGACGUGAAUCAACUGUUGGCGCACAUGGACGCCAAGAGGACGAGGAGACGGUAGGAUACCGUGGCUAGAAUAGUGCGUAAAUCAAGUGCCUUUUUACUAUUAAUAUAUUAUUUAAGGUUGAUGAGACUGUACAUAUAUAAAUUUUUGCGCUCAAACCGAUAGAUGCAAUAAAGUGAGUAUUUUUGUCGAAGUAUUUUAGAAAAGAA